CCCGCCGAAAUCUGAAAGCAUUAAGAAGAAUAAGAAGAAUAAGAAGAAGUAUGAGAAUUGGAUUGGAUUGGAUUAUUCGAUGAGAACUUUCUCAGAGAUCGAAGUUUUAUUCCCUUUUAUGUUCUCUUCUCUCGACUUCUCAAUACCACCAUACUAUAUCUAUCAUACACAUAAAUCAUACAAAUACUAAACUCCAAGGGCAUAUUCACGCCUUCCGAGCCAGCCAAACGAGGCCACGAAUUCAUCCCUCCCGUUUUACCUGCCCUACUUAUUAUUACUACGGUCGGCAACCAAAACCUUGAAACUCUUUUUCCUUUUACAUCUCUACAACCACAUCAAAUCACUCAUACCAAUACAUACCCUUCAUCCUUCCAUAGGAUCAACAGCAUCAAAUAGGUACGUACACACACAUCCAUACCGUGUGGGAUGAUAGAUAUGAUAUGAUAUGAUAUGAUAUUGGAAUAUCAUUCAACAUCCCAUCUUGAUCAAUAAAUCAUUCACUUCCCUCCAUUUCAUUUCCUUCUCAUUAUUCACUUUGAUCAUUCGAUUAAUCCGCCGCUGUUUCGUGUUGUACUGUAUUCGCGUUAGCCGCUUAUUUCCUUCUUUCUCUGAAAUCUAUCCCCAUCUCCUCCCACACACCGCUUCCUUCUUUUCCAAUACAAAAAAAAUCACUUAUCAUAUCAAAUCCAAACUACAACUGACACGACUUCUUCCCAUUUAGUGUCUGUUCUUCCAGUUUUCUCUUUCGACCUUUCAACCUCACCACCACCACCACCACCACCACUCCUUCUUUAAUUCAUUAAAGUCGGCUGGUCCUCAACGUUGACUACCCUACGCUCUUCAACAAUCAUCCUACAUCCUCCUCGACUCUGGUAUCGGAAACCCGGUACACUGAGUCCAUAGUUCAACUUCAAGAUGACUACUAUGGUGGGUGCUAAGCCAAAAACAUCCCCUCUGGUUUAUACUCCCAUUUUCCAGCCCUUCAUAUACACAUUCUUGUUAUUUUCAUCAUUUUCUACCUGUGCGGCUGGAAUCGGAAAAUGGUUCAUGAUAAUCCCUCACUUUGGAUAUUCAUCACAGUCUUGUUACAGGGUAGCACAUGCUUAUACUCUUUCAUCAUUCCUAUUUACAAUUACUCGCUUCGUCGCUAUAACAAUUGCUAAUCUUUCAUCUCUUCACAGGAUCUUCGCGUCGGCAAUAAAUACCGCAUUGGCCGAAAGAUUGGUAGUGGUUCUUUUGGUGAUAUCUACCUUGGCACCAACAUCAUCUCCGGUGAAGAGAUUGCUAUCAAGCUUGAGUCUGUCAAGGCUAAGCAUCCUCAACUCGAAUACGAGGCUCGUGUCUAUAAGUCCUUAGCUGGUGGUGUUGGCAUUCCUUUCGUUCGCUGGUUCGGUACAGAAUGUGAUUACAAUGCCAUGGUUCUUGAUCUUCUCGGUCCCAGUUUGGAAGAUCUCUUCAACUUCUGCAACCGCAAGUUCUCCUUGAAGACGGUCCUUCUUCUCGCGGAUCAACUCAUCUCCCGGAUCGAGUACAUUCACGCCAAAUCCUUCAUCCAUCGUGAUAUCAAACCUGAUAAUUUUCUCAUGGGCAUUGGGAAGCGUGGUAACCAAGUAAAUGUGAUCGAUUUUGGUUUGGCCAAGAAGUACAGAGACCCAAAGACUCACUUCCACAUCCCAUACCGUGAGAACAAGAACUUGACCGGUACUGCUCGUUAUGCCUCCAUCAACACUCAUCUUGGUGUCGGUAUGUACUGCCCUUUCUUCUGCUACUGCCAUCCAUGCUAAUUCAUUCGUUACAGAGCAAUCCCGUCGUGAUGACAUGGAAUCCUUGGGAUAUGUCAUGCUUUACUUCUGUCGUGGUUCUCUUCCAUGGCAAGGUCUUAAGGCUGCUACCAAGAAGCAGAAGUAUGACCGUAUCAUGGAGAAGAAGAUGACUACUCCUACCGAAGUCCUUUGCCGUGGAUUCCCUAAUGAGUUCGCCAUCUAUCUCAACUAUACCCGUUCUCUUCGAUUCGAUGACAAGCCAGAUUACUCUUACCUCCGAAAGAUUUUCCGUGAUCUUUUCGUUCGUGAAGGUUUCCAAUAUGACUACGUCUUUGACUGGACUGUCUACAAGUACCAAAAGAACGCUCAGCAACAAAUCAAGCCACAAGAGGGAGAGAAGGCAUCAGCUGAGGUUCAAACCAGCGCUCAAGCAACUGCUGGAAACAAUGCCGGUAGACAACGCAAGACUGUUACUCCAAUUCAGCAACAGGGACAAGCUCCAGAAGGAACAGGUCACUAGUAAGUUACCCCGUCUUCGAAUUUGCCUUUUGCACAGAAACCAUUUUUCUUCUCCGCGUUUGGCUCCGAUAGCGCUGGCCGCGAAGAGGACAUUACGCUAAUAGACGGCUGACGCUUUAGUUAUUAAAACAGCCUACGUUCUGCCGGUCCACCUCCACCAGGCAAUGGUCUCUGAAAUGCCGGAAUGAAUCGACUCUCGUAGAUUUGUUUUUCGUUACUCGACAUUCGGCUACGUGAGACUGGAUCAAUCCCAACAAACAAACAUCGUUGACCAUAACAAGACUUGUUUAUUGACACAUUCUUGAAUUUGGCUCGAUUUUCACUCCAACAACUAUCUCUUUAUGGACCGCUUUCUUUUUUAGUUUUCAAGGAUCGAUUACUGGCUUUCCUAAUGGCUCGAGCACUUUGGUUUUCAUCAUGACUUCUGACUCACAUUUGAUUAUUCCCAUGGAAUGAUCAUUUGGUGGGCAACGUCAUUGGGACUCCAAAUAAUCGAACGGCAUGUCGAUGACAUAAUUUAUUCUUUUUGAAGUAUCACGACAACCCUAAAUCAUCAGAUUUAUCACUUCAAAGGUUAUUUUUUGGUCAUCUAACAAAUCCGUCAUGAUCCCGAAACAAGCGAGUACAAGGCACAAAGUCAAACAUGCAUGCUUCAAUUCAUUGCGUUGUAUUGACAAGUCCAUUGUUUUUUCCAGAGAUGUUUUUGUUUUCAAAUGGAUAUUUUACAUUCUUUUCUGUUGCGUUGCUUUUCAUUGAAUGAUAUUCGGACUAUGUGUGGAAGAGGGGUUUGAGAGUGAUGUGGUAAUGAGGGGUGAUUGAUACUCGAGAUAUCAAUCUGGAGGGACGUUGCAUUUCUUUUGACAACUAUCUUCGGGGAUAAUAUUACACAAUCGAGAUGAAAUACUUUUCGGAGGCUACAGGGGUGACCACACAUGGGAAGAGCAGCUUCUGGGGAGGUCUCUUUAUUUGUUGAUUGUCAUUUCAUUUUAAAAAAAAAAACUUAGUUGUGUUUCAUGGUGGAAUGGAUGGG